AUGGCUGAACUCGAUCGCGCGCUGCGCCUUCAGCUGCUCGAAUUCGCAUCGGGACCCGACAUGAUACAUGGUGAGGCGCUGCGACACCUUGGGGGAGGUUCGAAACACUCCAUCUUAACGUUCUUCAACAAGAGCCUGCGCACUGGCAUCGUCCCACAGAGCUGGAGACACGGGGUUAUAAUCCCUCUCCUUAAGUCGGGUAAGAAAGCAGCGGAACUGGCGUCAUACAGACCAGUCGAGAGCACCAGUUGCCUCUGUAAACUAACGAAACGUAUUAUAACAGAACGCAUUCGUGAUAUUAUAGAGCCAAAGCUCACACGUCAGCAGUCCGGAUUCCGACCAUCCCACUCCACACUGGACCAACUAUUGCACCUUCGAGCGGUAAUGCGUCGACCGGCUCCUAAAGAUAAAAUGGCCGCAGUGUUUGUGGACUACGCCAAAGCCUUUGACACAGUAGACAAUGAUAAAAUCAUACUUGAAAUGCGACGGCUNAAGGACAGAACGGCCGCAGUGUUUGUGGACUACGCCAAAGCCUUUGACACAGUAGACAAUGAUAAAAUCAUACUUGAAAUGCGACGGCUUGGAAUACCGCAACAUAUAGUGCGAUGGUCAGCAUCCUUUCUGGGCAAUAGGACGGCAGUAGUUCGCGUAAACAAGGUGCACUCCUCGCCGGCGUCCUUCACGAGAGGUGUACCACAAGGCACGGUCCUUGGGCCACUCAUGUUUAUUAUUGUCAUGAAUUCUUUCAGCAUACAAUUUGCUUAA